AUGCAUGCUGAUCUUGGCAGCGUGCCAACCAUUACGGCUGCAAAUAAGGCAAAGAGCAUUACAAAAAUGGCAAAGAAAGUAUGUCCAGAAUGUGACCAACAGAUUCCUGUUGCCUGUGAGUCAAGCCUGUGUGGAUUCAUUUUUAUUGGUAGAAGACUACUGAAUGUUAAACUGUCUGAGAAUUCACCACCGCGCAAUAAGAGGAAUUUGGUGGUAUAGCUUUCAGAUGAAUGAUCCUUUGUAUUUUCAGUGGCUUUAGCAGAAAUAAAUAGAAAAAUAAUUAAUCAAAAAUUGAUUCUUUCACAAGUAAGCCAACAACCAAGUUCUGCAUUGAAAGCUCAGACUCAGUUCAUGAGAUCUCAACUUGUUGCCAUGCAAGUUCAAACUACAGCCCUCAUGACAGUAGAUAUACGUGUUCCAGCUGAUUACCAGAAUUCAGAACGGACCGCGGUCGAAGAGGCAGUGGUGGCGAUCGCAAUGGCUGGGGGCCUGAAGUUUGGUGGUCAGCCACGAGGCGGCUGA